AUGUCACCACCGAAAGUAAAACCACCAAAGCGGACAAACAAAAGUGAAGAUGAAGUUCAGGCUCAACGCAAUUCAGCAAACAAACGAGAACGCCAGCGAACAAAGGAAUUGAAUGAUGCGUUCGCGAUUCUGCGCAAAAGGAUUCCCUCGAUGCCCUCAGACAAAAUGAGCAAGAUUCACACGUUAAGAAUAGCUACUGAAUACAUCAGAUUUCUUGAUCAGGUCAAAAAGGACGGGGGCAAGACAUGGGGAAUCGACUUGCAUGUCGGAGAUUCCAAAUCACUUCAGAACACUUUCAAUGUUUGGAGGAGUAGUUAUACGAACACGGUGGCAAGUAUGGGAUCACUUCCACAAAUGAGUUCUCUCACUUUUCCAUAUAAUAUGGAAUCCUAUGUCAAGUCAAGCGAUGUGUUUGUUGGCUCGGCCACCGCGCAGACAAUUGCUGGACUUUUUACGUUGGGCGCUCUCUUCAUCACUUCCCAUCAGAUCUAUCAACAUUUACGAUGGUAUUCAUGCCCAACCGAACAGCGUUGGAUUGUGAGAAUACUUUUCAUUGUGCCAAUUUAUGCUUUUGACUCAUGGCUUUCGUUGGUGUUCUUCCACAACAACGUUUACAUUUAUUUCAAUUCGAUUCGGGAUUGUUAUGAAGCUUUUGUGAUCUAUUCAUUCCUCUCGCUAUGCUAUGAAUAUCUUGGAGGCGAAAGCAAUAUUAUGGCGGAGAUUCGUGGAAAGCCUAUCAAACCCACGAAUUACUGGACUUGUACGUGUUGUCUUGCCGGGAAACAAUAUACGAUCGAGUUUCUACGUUUUUGCAAACAGGCGACACUUCAAUUUUGCUUUAUCAAGCCAUUGAUGUCUCUUUUGACAAUUAUAUUGGAGCCAAUCGGAAAAUAUGAAGAGGGUAACUGGAGCGCUGAUCAAGGCUACGUGUGGAUUUCAUUUGCGUACAACAUCUCCAUCUCGUUGGCUUUGUAUGGGCUUUUCUUGUUUUACACGGCUACCAAGGAUCUUCUUUCCCCAUAUUCACCGGUUCUCAAAUUCUUGACGGUCAAAAGCGUGAUCUUCCUUUCAUUCUGGCAAGGGUUUUUGUUGGCGGUGCUCGGAGCUUUUGGGGCCAUCGAUUCGGUGAAGCUGGAGAAUGGAGGAGAGAUUUCUGUCGGCACCAUCGCUGCUGGUUGGCAAAAUUUCUUUAUUUGCAUCGAGAUGUUUUUCGCGGCGAUCGCUCUUCGUUUUGCGUUUUCAGUCACGGUUUAUGCGGAUGCCCAAUCGGCUUCCUCAAAUGAUGGACGUCAAGUAACGCUUCAAUCAAUUUCCUCGUCGCUUCGUGAAACAAUGAAUCCCAAAGACAUAAUGCAAGAUGCAAUUCACAACUUCCAUCCACAAUAUCAACAAUAUACUCAGCAUUCGAACCCUCAACGCUCGGUCAGUGGUAACAAUAGUCAAGGUUUUGAUUUGCUUCCCUUAUUUCUUGCUAACUCUUUACCCUCACUGAUGGCACCGCAUUUAAUGUUUAGGGGAGAAGCCGGAACAUCCACGGUAACUACAAUAGCCUCGGGACCGGGGAUUUCACAAGCGUCGACAUCCACUCAUCCGGAUAUUUGGACAGAUCCAUCCCGAACUUCAGUGCCACAGAUCGAGUCAUCAUCUUCCCCUUAUUCAGUGGCUUGGCAAGCCCCACCCCCUCUUCGCAUCAUCCCCUUCUUUCGGGUCGUUCUUCCGGAUGUUCAUUCAGUAAUAGUUCCGAGUACUAGCCACGAGGAGGCAGGUGCUGAACGACUAGCUAAUGCUGCACAGGUUUCAAAUUAUUCAUCAAUGGCUAAUACGGACUCGUACGGUGUGUCAACUCCCGGUCAAACAAAUGUGUCAAAUUCUGGCCACCUUCUCGAU